GUCAACAAGCAUCCAGUUUGCAGUCCAAGUCCAGGCAGACCCUUUUAUUCAAUUACUGGAACUGGGCAUAGGGCUUUUGUCCUUUGGACAUUACAAAUGUGAUUUAUUUUGAAUUGUAAGUUUAUUUUAAUAGCUGCCCAGACCUGUUGGAUUUCAAAGCAUUUGAUCUACUCUGACGACACAAUAUGAUCUUCAUUUCUGCUGCAAAGCUACAUUUUGUUCUCUAUUUGCCAAUAGUCGGUCUACUGAGUUUACUGCUGCUUACAGAAUGUGAUAAAAUUAGGCUGGCCGGGCCUUCACGAUGCUCUGGUAGAGUGGAGGUCUACCACGAAGACAGCUGGGGAACGGUGUGCGAUGAUCACUGGAGCAUUAUCAAUGCUGACGUGGUGUGUCGAGAGCUGGGCUGUGGGACAGUUCUUGAGGCCAAAAAAGGUGGCUUCUUUGGAGAGGGGAAGCAUGAGAUUUGGUUGGAUGAUGUGCAGUGUACUGGUCAUGAGACUUCCAUCCUCAAAUGCCCACACAAACCACUCGGGGAAAAUAACUGUGGCCACAGUGAAGAUGCUGGGGUUGUCUGUUCAGAGGCCGUGAGGGUGGUAAACGGAAGCAAUCGGUGCAACGGCAGGGUGGAGGUCUUUCAUGACGGCCACUGGAAACGAGUAUGCAGAAGUGACUGGGAAACUCAAGAAGCUAACAUUGUGUGCCAAGAGAUUAACUGCGGGUCUCCUGUCAUUCAACCUGUAACGCCUUUUUUGGGAGAGGCACGCAACUUGGAUGCAGUCAAACCCAACUGUAUUGGAAAUGAGACCUCAAUUUCACAGUGCAGACUUCAAGAAAUCAAGGCAAGCUGUGAAGAUGCUACUAUUUUCUGUGCAAACAGUAAACCAAUUCGACUGAAGAAUGGGACUCAUAGGUGCUCAGGUCGAGUGGAGGUCUACCAUGAUGGACAGUGGGGAACAAUUUGCGAUGACAGAUGGGGGAUGCAGGAAGCAAAUGUUGCAUGCCGAGAGAUGAACUGUGGGAAUGCCAUUGUAGUCAGGAACAGGGCAUUCUAUGGCAGAGGUUUGGAACAGGUUUGGAUGGACGAUACUGAGUGUACUGGUCUUGAGAAGUCACUUGCUGACUGCCCUCACAGAGGUUUUGGAGAACAUGACUGUGACCAUAGCGAAGACGCUGGUGUUGAAUGCUCAGAGACAAUCAGAUUGAUGAAUGGGACUGACACAUGCUCUGGCAGAGUUGCGAUCUUCCAGAAUGGCCAGUGGGGUCAAAUUUGUGUUAAUAAUUUCGGCCUUAAAGAGGCUACAGUGCUGUGUAAGGAACUCAACUGUGGAAGUCCAAAGAAACCCCUUGAAAGCCACAAUUUUGGUAAAGGCGAACUGAACGGGUUUACAGCUAGAUGCUCUGGCAACGUGAGCUCAAUCAGCCAGUGCAACCUUCAACAAUACUCAGGAAAAUGUGAUGGUGUUUCUAUUUCAUGCAAAGGUAAUUUACCACUAAGGCUUGUGAAUGGCACUGACCGAUGUUCUGGCAGAGUGGAGCUUUUGCACAACGGUGUGUGGGGAACAGUGUGCGAUGAUCAGUGGGACAUCAGUAAUGCUCAGGUGGUGUGCAGAGCCAUGGACUGUGGAACAGCUCAGGCCGCCAAAUCUAGUGCCUACUUUGGUCAAGGCCAGGGAGACAUCUGGCUGGAUGAUGUCCAAUGUAUUGGGAAUGAGACGGAACUUACGCACUGUAAAUAUCCCUCCAUUGGAGAAAAUAACUGUGGCCAUGGUGAAGAUGCUGGUGUGGUUUGUUCGGCUACCAUUAGACUGAUCGGUGGGACUGACCAGUGCUCAGGCAGGGUGGAGUUCCACCAUGGUGACCAGUGGUCACCUGCAUAUAAUCUUAACUGGGGAAUGAAUGAAGCUACAGUGGUGUGCAGAGAGAUGAAUUGUGGAGAACCUGUCAAGGCCUCAGGGUCAUUUGGUCAAAGUGGCGAGCAGAGAGGGUACAGGAUCAGUUGCAGCGGUCGAGAGACCUCUCUCACCCAUUGCUCUCUGACAGAAUAUGUCAAGACCAGCAACGAUAAUAUUGGAGAGGCAGGUGUUGAAUGUUCAGGCAAUGUGAAAUUGAACGAUGGGUCCAAUCGCUGUGUUGGAAGAGUGGAGUUUUUCGAUAAAGGCCAGUGGGGGAAUGUGUGUGGUGAAACCUGGGAUUUGAAUGAUGCCGCAGUGGUGUGUAGACAGCUGAACUGUGGGAAGGCUCAUAAGAUUACCACCAUGACUGAAUAUGGACACGGUACAGGACAGACCUGGAUCGAUCAAAUUGAAUGCAAUGGACUUGAGUCUACACUGAACCAGUGCCAAAAACAACCUUUUAGUGAAAAAACAUGCAACAUCACCUCAGUUGCUGGUGUCAUCUGCACAGGAAGUUUGGAGGUCCGGAUGUCUAAUGAUAAGGACGACUGCUCUGGCAGAGUUGAGGUCCGUCAUGGUGACGUGUGGCAAACAGUGUGUGAUUCAGACUGGACCCUGAGUAAAGCCCAGGUGGUGUGCGAGGUACUGGAGUGUGGACGUGCAGUGAGCGCUCUCGGUGGUGCCCAUUUUGGCCAAGGCAGUGGAUCAGUAGUGGAGUCUAGUCAUCCAUGUUUCGACAAUGUGACCUCCCUUAAGCAGUGCUCACUCAGUGGUUUCAGAGCAGCGACAUGUGGGCAUGAUCAUGACGCCAGUGCGACCUGUGCAGCGCAGCUUCGUCUGGUCGGCGGCUCAGGUCAAUGCUCUGGUAGAGUGGAGAUUCUCUAUAAAGGACAGUGGGGAACUGUGUGUGAUGAUGAAUGGGAAAUGAGCAAUGCUGAUGUGGUGUGUAGACAGCUUAGCUGUGGUCAUGCAGUUUCUGCUCCUACAAGUGCCCACUUUGGUCGAGGCUCUGGUCCAAUAUGGCUGGAUAAUGUGGAGUGUACAGGCCAAGAGACUGCUCUCACACACUGUGUGCAUCCUGGGUUUGGAGAAAAUAACUGCGGACAUGGUGAAGAUGCUGGCGUUAUAUGUUUAGGUGCUCUACAGAAACCCGAAAUCUCCUUCAGUCCUGCUGCAGAGGUAAACUGGGGAGACAGAGUUGAAAUUACCUGCACUAUAGUAACAGAAUACUCGGGUGGGACAUUCCUCCUGAGAAAGGCCCAAGGAUCAUUUAAAAUGGAAAAAUUUUCCGAAAACGAAGCUGCCACAUUUGCAUUCCCCGAUGUGUCCUUCGAUCAAAAGGGGUCAUACUUCUGUGAAUAUCAAAAAAAAAUGCCCAGUAACGUCAUCAAUUAUCCUCAAGGAAAUCCUGCCGAGCUCUCUGUUUCAGUGAAACUGGAGAAACCUAGCAUCUCGCUGACUUCUCCUCAUGUAAUGGUGAUCUACAGCCCUGAUGAAAUAUCGGUCACCCAAGGCAACAGGUUCUCCAUCACGUGCUCCACCCACUCCAAAUAUCCUGGAGGUGUCUUCUAUCUGAAAAAGUCUGAGAUGAACACGACUGAUAUGAAGCCAACAUUUGGACACUCUGUCUUCUACCUGGCAUACUUUGAAUUCCUUGCAAUAGAUUUUAAAGACCAAGGGGAAUAUUCCUGUGUCUAUGCUGUCAACCUCUCCUCGAUAUACUUCAGUUCCGUUCCCUCAAGGUCAAUCCAUGUCACAGUAGUUGCAACCUCAUCAUCUUCGGUCAUCACAGGAAUUGUGGUUAGUCUAGUGGUGUUGCUAAUUGUGCUGGUUGUGUGCUACCUGGUCUGGAGAAGAAGAUGGCGCGGGAUUGGUACCAUGGUUCAGUUUAAUAACAGGUCUGGAGGAGCAAUAAAACAAGAUAUGGAAGACAGAAGCAACGGAGCACUCAAUGGAAGGGGUCGCAAUACCCAGGUGAAUGAACAUGUUGGACCAAGUAGCAGCCUGGAAGACAAGAGUGCAGAUGUUGAUUUUGAUAACUCUGUCGAAAGAGUCCCUGAAGAUCUGGCUGGGAGAGUGUGUUACGAGCUUGAACCACUUGUUCUCUCUUGAGAACAAAAAUGCCUCAAUGGAUGAAUUCAAUACAUUUAAAGAGUAACACCACGCCAUUCUAAAAAGCACUCGGUGUUUCAUUUCUGCUGCACCUCCAGCCACACCAUAGAGUGAUGUUGCUACAGUGCACCGAUACAUCACAGCAGAAAAGUUUAGAAGUUGUCAGCAAAAAUAAGAUCGGCUGGGGUUAUGUUGCUCUAAACCAUAUAGGAACAUCAGGGAACUGUGUUAAUUGUGUUUUUACAACUCUUAAGGAAACAAAUAAUUCAGACAUAUACCAACUUCACAUUUCCUCAAGUAGAUGCUUUCUUACUAACAUACUACUCCUUAAAAGAUUUUGAAAACGUAUUUUGCUGAAAUUUUAAAUAUAAGUUUAAAUCACAUGCAGUUUAUGACGUGAUAUGUUUAUUCUUGUUAAGGUCUCCCCAUAACACUUAUUUUCAUACUCCUGUCGUGCAUUUUAUUUUUCUGGUAGAUUCAAACCAAAGUUUCACGGAUCUGUUGGAAUGUAACUAUCCUGGCUGGAUAGCACAUUUGCUUUACUUUUUACUGCCUGAUAAUUUCUUAAUAUUUUUGUUUCUGUGUGUGAAUGCUAAUCAAUAAAUUUGUAUUCCUUACAACA